UUCAUCACUAUGCAAACAAAUAUCAGAUUUAUUUGUUAUUUCAGCCACAGGUGCCAUGUAUUCCCUGCAUGGAGCUCCCAAAACUCUCAAUUCUAGAUGAUGGAUUUAAUUCCAUCUCUCCUCCUGUUAUUUUGAAUCACAUGGGGAUUAUUUCCCUUUCAUUUCCCUCCAGAGAAUUUCCUAACAAUCUCCAAGUCCAAGAACUAGUUGAAUUAUCCAGGGAUCCCUCCUGAGAGGGAGAAUUAUAAUAAAAGUUUCAGCUCUGCUGUUUGGCCAAAUCCUCCAGGGGAGACUUUGGGCAGAGAAAUAUGGAGGUUUGGGACAGGCAGAGUCUGUGCUCUUGAAUGUACAUCUCUCUCCUUUCCAGAAACAGGAAAGGGAUUCAUUGAUUCACCCCAUGAAUGAUGGACCUCCUGCUUCUGCUUCUGCUGCUGCUUUUGUCCCAUCCAGUCUCUGGGAAGCUGAGAAUGAAAUGCCCGCUGAGUUUGGAGAACCAGGAUGGGAAACCACGGAGCUUCUACAGACCAGGAGACCAUCUAAUCAGUAUAGUCACCAGUGGAACGGAAAUAUUGCAUAGAAAGUUGCUUUUCAACGUGGCUCCUUCUGUUCAGCUUGUUUUCCAUGAUUCAUGCUCCAUAAAGAAGGAUUCCACUACCCAGCAAUUGUCCAGCUGCUCCUCCAUUUCAGAUGGACCCUGAUUGGCCUCUUUGCUUCAGACACAGAAAAUGGAGAGAAUUUCAUGAGGAUUUUUCCUCCUGUGCUUGUCAGGAGUGGAAUUUGUGUGGUUAUAUCACAACUGUUCUCAACAACUGGAUAUACAGCAUCCCUCAGGGAUUCCCUCUCUAAGUGGAGACAAGUCAAUGUCUUUGUUCACUUCAUAGAAUUUGAUUCCAUUUGGGGCAGAAUUCUUCCUUUCCAUUUAACAUUUAUGCGUCUCCCAGGACCCAUUGAAGGGAAAGUCUGGAUCCUCACAAAUUUUGUGUUGUAUGCAAUGAACAAAUGUAGACUUCUCAAAUACAUCCAUAGUAUUUUGAACUUUGCUUAUCUGCCAAAAGAAAGUCCAAUGGAUGAAGCCUUUAAACCCAAUUUCUUUGUGGAAGAAAAGUUUCAAGAUUUUUAUUUCCGCUGUUCUCUUUCAAAGAACGUCUUUUCUGUCAAAGGCCGGAGAAGAUGCACCCAGAAAGCCCCACUGGAGACCCAGGAGAAAAGGAACAGGAUCCAGAUCCCAAGUCACUACCAUCAUUACAGUCUCAUUCAGACUCUGGCCCAGGCCUUGAAUGCCACUUAUUCCUCCAGAUCAAGGAGGAGAAGGAAGGAGGGAGAAAAGACUUUGGGGUCUCCAAGGCUGCAGCCGUGGCAGGUAUGGGGGUCCCAAUAUGGAUCCAUUAAUCUGAGAUCCUUUGGAGGAGGAAUCCAGAGGAGAAGGAGGGGAACCAUCUCAACAGAUCUGUCCAAUUCAAUUACUCAGGGAAUAAUGGUUUCAAAGAGUAGAUACCAUCGCAUUUUAAUAUUACACACUGCUAAUUUGAAAAUGCUGUAUUCUUUUUUGAAAUGAAUUCCCGUAUUUGUGGGUUGGUGAUUAGGAUGGUGGAAUUUCCCCUUUGUUCCGUCCCCACUGCAGGUGGGUCUGUGUGCAGCUCAACAGGCAACUAAACCCCCCUCUUCUCUUGACAAUCCAUGAAGAGGAGACUGAACUUCUCUGCUUUGCUGGCUCAGCUCUACAACAGCAAAUUCUCCUCCAGGCUUGGAGCCUGCAAGGGGACCUGGUCCUUGAGUUGGGGUCUCCCCAAACCAGAAUGUUCACUUCCUGAGAUUC